CCGGUAACUUGGGGUUCACCUCCCCUUUACAAUGGUGACAGAAGAACCGAUGCUGAGACACGGCCGCCGCCUCCGCCAUUUCUCCUCCUGCUCAGGAGUCACGUCAGUCCUCCACCACCAGCGAUAGCCCGGCACGAGCGGCGCUGCCCGAUGGAGCGCUCUACCCCUCACAGCACCACAGAGUCCAACCCGCAGCCGCGGUCUGUCCUCCAGCACCAGAGAGUUCCUGUCAGGCUGCCCCCCGGCGACACUCUAUCCUCGCCAGUACCAGCGAGUUGCAAUGCACAGCCGCUCACCGAGCGCUACACAACCAUAGAGUUCCCAACAGAGGCGCUCUAUCCCAAGCACUCCGAAUGUCAAUAAACUUUAUUGACAAGUUCGGAAUUGAACAAUUCUGAUAUCCAGCAGUAUGACUGAGAGCGGUUUGUUAUUCUCCCCUGAGAUCCCAGGAUACGCGGAGUGACCUGAUACACACAGACACAGACAGACAGAGACACAGACACAGACGGACAGACAGACAGACGGAAGUUGGUAUAUAGUUACUAUGGUGAUGUGACUGUCAGCUGACCGGAAGUGGUGCCAUGUGACUGUCCAAGGCCUGAUACUCAGAUGCUGUGUGAGUGACAGCCUCUCUGUGUUAUUAUACACCGUGUGAUAUUAUAUACAGUGUGAUAUUAUACACCGUGUGAUAUUAUAUGCAGUGUGAUAUUAUAUGCAGUGUGAUAUUAUAUGCAGUGUGAUAUUAUAUGCAGUGUGUUAUUAUACUGCGUGUGUUAUUAUACACCGUGUGAUAUUAUAUACAGUGUGUUAUUAUACACUGUGUGUUAUUAUACACCGUGUGAUAUUAUAUACAGUGUGUUAUUAUACACCGUGUGAUAUUAUAUACAGUGUGUUAUUAUACAUCGUGUGAUAUUAUAUGCAGUGUGAUAUUAUAUGCAGUGUGUUAUUAUACACCGUGUGAUAUUAUAUACAGUGUGUUAUUAUACACCGUGUGAUAUUAUAUACAGUGUGUUAUUAUACACCGUGUGAUAUUAUAUGCAGUGUGAUAUUAUAUGCAGUGUGAUAUUAUAUGCAGUGUGUUAUUAUACACCGUGUGUUAUUAUACACCGUGUGAUAUUAUAUGCAGUGUGUUAUUAUACACCGUGUGUUAUUAUACACCGUGUGAUAUUAUAUGCAGUGUGUUAUUAUACACCGUGUGUUAUUAUACACCGUGUGUUAUUAUACACCGUGUGUUAUUAUACACCGUGUGUUAUUAUACACUGUGUGAUAUUAUACACCGUGUGUUAUUAUACACCGUGUGAUAUUAUACACCGUGUGUUAUUAUACACCGUGUGAUAUUAUACACCGUGUGAUAUUAUACACCGUGUGAUAUUAUACACCGUGUGUUAUUAUACACCGUGUGAUAUUAUACACCGUAUGAUAUACACCGUGUUAUAUUAUAUACAGUGUGUUAUUAUACACCGUGUGAUAUUAUAUACAGUGUGUUAUUAUACAUCGUGUGAUAUUAUAUACAGUGUGUUAUUAUACACCGUGUGAUAUUAUAUACAGUGUGUUAUUAUACACCGUGUGAUAUUAUAUACAGUGUGUUAUUAUACACCGUGUGAUAUUAUACACCGUGUGAUAUUAUACACCGUGUGUUAUUAUACACGUGUGUUAUUAUACACCGUGUGAUAUUAUACACCGUGUGUUAUUAUACGCACUGUGAUAUUAUAUACAGUGUGUUAUUAUACGCACUGUGAUAUUAUAUACAGUGUGUUAUUAUACACCGUGUGUUAUUAUAUACCAUGUGAUAUUAUAUACCGUGUGAUAUUAUACACCGUGUGAUAUUAUAUACCGUGUUAUCACACGCCGCGUGAUAUCACACGCCGCGUGAUAUCACACGCCGCGUGAUAUCACACGCCGCGUGAUAUCACACGCCGCGUGAUAUCAUAUACAGUGUGUUAUUAUAUACAGUGUGUUAUUAUAUACAGUGUGAUAUUAUAUACACUGUGAUAUAUACCGUGUGAUAUUAUAUACACUGUGAUAUUAUACUGUGUGUUGAUAUUAUACCGUAUGUUAUCAUCAUACCGUGUGUUGUUAUCAUACCGUGUGAGCGAGCGCUGUGAUUUUAUACCGUGUGAGCGAGUGCUGUGAUUUUAUACCGUGUGAGCUGUGAUUUUAUACCGUGUGAGCUGUGAUAUUAUACCGUGUGAGCGAGCGCUGUGAUUUUAUACCGUGUGAGCGAGCGCUGUGAUUUUAUACCGUGUGAGCGAGCGCUGUAAUAUUAUACCGUGUGAGCGAGCGCUGUGAUAUUAUACCGUGUGAGCGGGCACUGUGAUAUUAUACCAUGUUUAUGUCCUAGCGCUUCUAUUAUAUCACAUUAAUUGUCGAUCUAUAUAGGCAAUAAAUGAAAAAAAGCUGCUACAACACAGUCUUUUAUCUUUUAACAAAUAGUUAAGAAAGUGGAGUGUCUCUGUGAAGCGCUAUAUUAGUGAUAAUCAAAUAGGAAGGAGUUUAUGGUGAUAUUGCUAAUUGCCCAGUGUAAAGGGAUAUACCUUUUAAAAUUAGUUUUCUCAUUUUUAGAGGUGUCAGUAUAUCUGUAUUUCCCUUUAAAUAGAGAACAUAGAAACUGUACAAUAUUGCCAAGUAACAACUCACAAUUUUCUGAGCUAAAAAACUUAGCUCUAGUUCGUGCGUUUUGGGUCCGUAAAGGUGACCCUAUCCCUCCUUUGCGUCCAAAUUUUCUUAGGAUUCUGUCCUAGGUGAUUGGCAUAAAGGAAACAUAUAUAGUGUAAUAUAAAGUGCAGUUUGGUACUCACAAACUCAGAGCCUUCCAAUAGGCUCAAAUUAAGUUGCAUAUGUGGUUAAGGACCACAUUCCUUCUUUAUAAUUGCAGGAAAAGGUAAUGCUGUAAGAGUAUAAAAAGUAUAUACUUUAUUACUCUUAAAAAACAUAUAAUAUAAAAUACACAAUAGUUAAGAAAUACACUUGUUCGGCUAAAGUCCGAAAAUAGAGUCUUAGUGCUCACUGUUCUCCCAGGACGCGUUUCGCCAAUAGGCUUCCUCAGCUGGAAAAUUCUCUGUCAUUGCUAAAGACAAUUGUGUUUAAUCGAGGGCACCCUACUCUGUGUAAAUCCAUGUGAAUAUCAGUGGCUUAAUGGCAAUUAACACUUUGAAAACAUCUCUGUUUCCUUAUUUAGAUCGGUAAAUAUGACUCAAGCAGAGGCCAAACUGUGCUCAUUAUUGCUGCAGGAGCAUUACGGGGAGAUUGUGGAUCGCGUCGGAUGUUUUCUCAUCCGUACUGGCAGCCAGCCUCUGAGAGUGAUUGCUAAUGACACAGGCACUCCUUUGGAUCAGGUAAGCCUAAUGCUUUUAUUUUUUUACGUAUUAUAAUUCUACAAUUGUCAUUCACUUAGGGGCAGAUAAUGCCUUGCUUUACUCUUGGCAGAUCCCUGGGUAGAAGGGGCGUAAACUUGGUAAGUAGUGGCUGGUGAUGUGGACCUGUAUGAGGUCAUUUAAGCUCACUAAGACUUUUAUCUUCUGUGCUUUUGAUCAGAUAGUCCCUUAAAUGAAAAUUAGACAUGGAGACUUUCUCUACUGAAUGGAAAGCAAUCUGUUAAUCUGCCUCUCAAUCCCUUGAGACAUCAUGGUUUACAGAAAUCAGGGAUAAGGUAUUUGUAGUAAACAGUGCUUCAAGGUACAUUCACAAUAUUCUCUUAAUCAAGUGAAACUUAACAGGAGCAACUGACCAUCAAUCAGUAAAUCCUCCUGACCAACCUUGAGGUUUUGCUAGCUCAUUUUUCUAUCAUCAUUCUCUCUUUUUUUUUUUCUUUCAUUGGUGUUAUAUCUAAAAACAACUUGAUAAAGAUGCAGAUCUAAUGUCUGCAGCCUAUGCAAGCCCUCCCCUUCUAACCCCGCCCAGACUUUCACUGACUGUCCAACACAGACUUCCCAAUAUAGCUCAGUGAGAAGUUUUUGCAAGGUAGGUGCCCUUGGCAAUUGCUGCCUCUUGAGUUUAGUUCCACUGAGCUAAACAAACCAGGAAGUAACCGGACUGAUUGUCUGUCUGAUUUUCAAGGGGAGGAGUUUACAAGGUUAAUUUAUGAAGUGUCAAUUUUUAUUUAAAUUUGCAUUUUUUUGUAAAAUGGAAAAAAGAGGACAUACUCUUCACGCAUAAAGCACUUUAGCAAGCUGAAGUGCUAUCAGGUUUUGGAGUAUCUCUUUUUUAAACAACAUCCAAAGUAUCCAUUUUUAAACAACAUCCAAAAUAUGUUAAUAUUUAUUUCAUCUAAGCGAGCUGUCAAAAUUACUACCACUUGAACAAAUGCUGGACUGUGAUCUCAUUAAUCUCAUGCCCAAAGGAAGUUCAUGUUGACCUUUUUUAAAAUAUUUUUUUAACAUGCAAUAAAGAAAAACCACUCUAGUGGCACUCUAAGCACUAUAACCACUUACAUUUUUGUAAAGGAUCUGGUGCAUGGAGUCUUUGGGUGCCAUCCUCUCCUUUUCUGCAAAACCAUUUUUGAGCUAUUUUGUUGUAAAAAAGAUUGCCAAAAAAUAAAGUUCUACGCUGUUGAUAAUGCAAAUAUGAUUUCUGGCUAAAGACCUAUUUAAAUAGUUUUGCAAUUCAAUGACCUAACUAAUUCUACUAAUAUGGGAAUUCUGUGUACAGCCACGUGGCAUUAUUCCGGUGCCGAACUCUGCACAUGGCAUCCACAGUCCAAGUCUAUCUCCUUAUCACCCAAGCCUUGUGUAAUAGGUCUAAUAAGCAGUUUUGACAUUCAGAAAUUUGUGUACUUAACACUUAUGGGGGUACUGAAUCUGUAUCAAUCUUUCCUGGAUUAUAUAAAAUAAAGCUCUACUUCCUUUCUUUAUUUAGGAGUUAUUUAGUACUAUAUAACUUAUAAUGCAUUUUAUAGCUGUAAACCUUUAUAGUUACGUGCUCUGUUUUCCAGGUCAAAAAAGCUCUGUGUGUUCUUAUCCAACACAAUCUGGUGUCUUACCAAAUACACAAACGUGGCUUUGUGGAGUAUUUUGCGCACUGCGACCGCUACCUGCGGAUCCUCCGGUAUCCCCGCUACAUUUACACGGCAAAGACUCUUUAUGGCGACACCGGUGAACUGAUUGUGGAGGAGCUGCUACUGAAUGGAAAGAUGACAUUUAGUGCCGUAGUAAAGAAAGUGGCCGACCGGCUGACAGAAACCAUGGAAGGUGAGCUGGUUCACAGGAAUCCUCUAUAUAAAUCCUGUAACUAAUAUAAAGAAGCAUUAUACUGCUUUGGUUUUUGUCUUUGUAAAAUUGUUUGCUUAAAUGUACUUAGCGCUGUGGAACUCAAACAUGAUAUUGACCCAUGGGGUGCACAGUCAAGUGAUGCAACUGGAGAACUUGGCUGAAAGAUUAUUUGUAGCCCUUCUCUGAACCCUCUCUAAGGUAUCAAUAUCCUUCUGAAGAUACAGUCUCCAGUACUGUGUACAAUACUCUAAGUGAGGUCUCACCAGUGUUCUGUACAAUGGCAUGAGCACUUCCCUCUUUCUACUGCUAAUACCUCUCCCUAUACAACCAAGCAUUCUGCUAGCAUUUCCUGCUGCUCUGUUACAUUGUAUGCCUACCUUUAAGUCAUCUGAAAUAAUCACCUCUAAAUCCCUUUCCUCAUACGUUGAGGUUAGGACUCUAUCAACUAUUCUGUACUCUGCCCUUGGGUUUUUACGUCCAAGAUGCAUUAUCUUGCACUUAUCCACAUUAAAUGUCAGCUGCCACAACUCUGACGUUUUUUUUUUUUCUAGAUUCAUAUAUAGUGGCACUUAUAAAGCUUACAGUGUACGGUUUUGUGAGAUGUAAAUUGAACAUUUUCUUUUAUUACCUCUUCUUUAAAUCUAGUGAUUAUAUAUUGUAAGAGUGGCUUCGACUCUAAGCGUAAAGUGGAGUGGCACUCGUUAACUAUAUUCCAUCCUUAGUGACUACAGACCAGGGUAGACCAUUCCCAUUGAUCAAUAAUUAUGAAGAAAGUUGGUCCGGGCACAUAUAGGUGGGGUUAAGGCAGAUUUAUUGGAAAACCAUACAACGUUUCUGCUGCCACAGGAGCCUUUAGCAAGCUAACACAAACACAGCGUGAACUCAUUUAUAGCUAAUUAGUUAAAGUGCUGUGUGUUUAAAAAAAACUGUGUGUAAAACAAUAGUCGUGUUAUUAUGACAUCACACAAAGUGAAAUACAUCAAUUCCAUACAAAGAAAAUAUCAUAUCAAACUUGUGCAUAUAAUAAAACAUCUAAUACAUUCUCCUUUAUUUAUUAAAAAAUGUUUUAAAACAUCAAUAUUUCUCAGUAUCAGGUCACAUGAUCGGACCCUGACCAGGUGUGAUCAGGUGACCUUGAUGUUGCAUGGCUUUCCAAUAAAUCUGCCUUAAAACCUCAAUGUGCCUGGUCCAACUUUCUUCAUAAGUACUAAUCAUUAUUCAUGCCACAUUAGAGUUAAGCAGCAUUGACAGGUUUUUCUGUACCUGGUGGUCUAAAGAUGAAUAUAGUAACAACCUGUUUGUCUGUGCAGAUGGGAAAAGUGUGGAUUACAGUGAGGUGUCUGGGACAUUCUCCAGUUUGGCUGACACACACUUCAUACAGAGGUGCCCAGGUCUUCCUGAAAUGGAAUCCACAAAAGGAUCUGACAGCCGCAGACCUGUAGCACCCUCGCUGGUCAUCGACGAGAAAGACAUGUACACUAUUCCCAAAGUAAACAUGUUUGGUAAGAAACCAGCCCUGGCAAUUUUUUUUUAUUUUUAUUUUUUUAUAAAGACCAUCAAUAUUUCCCAACCCUCUUGGUUUUGCAUGGGAUAUUGCAUUCAUCAGAAUGGGUAAGGGGGUAUCUUUCCUUGUGUCGUAAUACCCAUUGUGGUAUGUAUACCAUUCUUAGGAAGAGGCAAAAGACGCCGGUCUUCUGACGAUGAGGAAGAAGGAAAUAAGGGGAAGAGACAAAAGAAAGAUACAGGCCCAGAGGUGAGUUUAAUGACUUAUAAAAGUUCAGAUCACAUAACUCUGUGUUUCUUUCAAAAUAAAAGGAACACUACAGGGUCAGGAAAAUAAAUAUGUGUUCCUGACUCUAUAGUGGUAAAACUACCAUUUAGGUGGCGUACAUCCACCCAUAGCCACCAUAGAAAGGAUUAAAACUUGCCUUAUUUGCACCGCUGUGCUUGUCCAUCAGUGCUGGCCCAGCCACCGAUCCGCUUCUUUGGUUGACAUCAUCAGAACUGAUGAUCUCAGCCAAUCCAAAGCAUUGAACUGGCUGAGAUCAUCAAGGAGGUGGGGCGGGGCCAAACGGCAGCCUGGCCAAACAGCCUUUUCUCAUAGAGAUGAAUUAAAUACAGGUGAUACUCGAAAAAUUUGAAUAUCGUGCAAAAGUUCAUUUAUUUCAGUAAUGCAACGUAAAAGGGGAAACUAAUAUAUGAGAUAGACGCAUUACAUGCAAAGCAAGAUAAUUCAAGCCGUGAUUUAUAAUAAGUGCGAUGAUUAUGGCUUACAGCUCAUGAAAACCCCAAAUCCACACUCUACAUAAAUUAGAAUAUUGUGAAUAGGUGCAAUAUUCUAGGCUCACAGUGUCCCACUCUAAUCCGCUAAGUAAGCCAUAACACCUGCAAAGGGUUUCUGAGCCUUUAAAUGGUCUCUGUCUGGUUCAGUAGGAAUCACAAUCAUGGGGAAGACUGCUGACCUGACAGUUGUGCAGAAAACCAUCAUUGACACCCUCCAUGAGGAGGGAAAGCCUCAAAAGGUAAUUGCAAAGGAAGUUGGAUGUUCCCAAAGUGCUGUAUCAAAGCACAUUAAUAGAAAGGUAUGUGGAGGGGAAAAGUGUGAAAGAAAAAGGUGCACAAGCAGCAGGGAUGACCGCAGCCUGGAGAGUAUUGUCAGGAAAAUGCCAUUCAAAAGUGUUGGGGACUUUCACAAGGAGUGGACUGAGGCUGGAGUCAGUGCAUGAAGAGCCACCACACACAGACGGUUCCUGGACAUGGGCUUCAGAUGUCUUAUUCCUCUUGUCAAGCCGCUCCUGAACAACAAACAACUUCAGAAGCGUCUUACCUGGGCUAAAGAAAAACAGACCUGGUCUGUUGCUCAGUGGUCCAAAGUCCUCCUUUCUGAUGAGAGCAACUUUUGCAUCUCAUUUGGAAACCAAGGAACCAGAGUCUGGAGGAAGAAUGGAGAGGCACACACUGCAAGAUGCUUGAAGUCCAGUGUGAAGGUUCCACAGUCUGUGUUGAUUUGGGGAGCCAUGUCAUUUGCUGGUGUUGGUCCACUGUGCUUCAUUAAGUCCAGGGUCAACGCUGCCGUCUUCCAGGAGAUUUUGGAGCACUUCAUGCUUCCUUCCACAGACGAGCGUUAUGGGGAUGCUGACUUCAUUUUCCAGCAGGACUUGGCACCUGCCCACACUGCCAAAUGCACCAAAGCCUGGUUCAAUGACAGUGGGAUUACUGUGCUUGAUUGGCCAGCAAACUCACCUGACCUGAACCCCGUAGAGAAUCUAUGGGGCAUUGCCAAGAGAAAGAUGAGAGACAUGAGACCAAACAAUGCAGAAUUGCUGAAUGUCGCUAUUGAAGCAUCCUGGUCUUCCAUAACACCUCAGCAGUGCCACAGGCUGAUAGGUAUACUUUUCAGAGGUCCGAUAUUGUUCAAUGUACACUCCUUGUUUUAUUGAUUGCAUGUAAUAUUCUAAUUUACUAAGAUUGAGGAUUUGGGGUUUUCAUGAGCUGUAAGCCAUAAUCAUCGCACUUAUGACAAAUCACGGCUUGAACUAUCUUGCUUUGCAUGUAAUGCGUUUAUCUCAUAUAUAUUAGUUUCCCGUUUUACAUUGCAUUAAUGAAAUAAAUGAACUUUUGCACGAUAUUCUAAUUUUUCGAGUAUCACCUGUAAAUGAAUCUCUAUGGGGAAAGUUCGGUGUUUCCAUGCAGAGGGUGGAGACACUGAACGGCAGUCACACUGUGCAGCACUGACCCAGGAAGCACCUCUAGUAGCCAUCUGGGCAGUGGCCAAUGGAGGUAUCCCUAGGCUGUAAUGCAAACACUGCCUUAUUUUCUGGGGGCGAAAAACAGUGUUUACUGCAAAAGGCCUGAAGGUAAUGAUUAUACUCACCAGAACCAAUACAAUUAGCUGUAGUUGUUAUGGUGACUAUAGUGUCCCUUUAAUAUCUGCAGAGCACCAGCUUGAUCAAUUCACCUCCAGGUGAGAGAUUUCUCCCUCUCCUGGAAUUAAUUGAUUUCUGUGGAGCCAGUCAGUUUGUAUAUUCCUAAACAAUGAGCCAUCUCCUUUUACUGGCAUCACCAUAGAUCAGUGUCACUUUGUGGAAGAACUGUGCAACUUGUUGGCUCAUUGCCUGUAUUUUUAUAACGGCAGCAUAGGGUAUUUCUUACAAAAAGCAAACACAUUAACACUGAUAAUGUUAUUCCAUAAAUAAAUUAAAAUACUAAAAACACUGAUUAAGAGGGGGGUUGUUGUUUUUUUUUUUUAAAAAAAAAAAAACUAAUUCUUAGAUUAGGAGCAUCACAGUGUUGUAUAUUGGAAAUCUCCUAUUAAUCUGACGUGCACUCCUCUUUGUUUAUCUGCAGUCCAAAGAAGAUGACGGAAUCUACUGGCAGAUUAAAAUGGAGCGUUUCCAUCAGCACUUCCGAGAUCAAGCAGUCAUCAGUGCUAUAUCCAAUAAAAUGGACCAGGUACAACGAGUACAGUUAACUGUUACGAUAUAUUGCAUUCUAGUUCUGGUUGAAGGUAAACAUUCUCACAUUUCCUCUAUAAGGAGAUUAUAGAUAUUUUUUAAUUUCCACCCUAUAUGAAAAAGCAUAAUUAACAAAUAUAACUGAAUGUUUCUGUGCAUAGGCUGCAUGGACACUUCAAAUUGCUCAUGUUCACACAAGUGAACCUGUUAAGAACUUACCUGAAAUCCGCUCCCCUGUACAUCGAAUACACAAUAUAUCACAAAGAUACAUGGUGUAUUCAUGGUAAAAUAUAAAAUGUAAUCACUUUUCCCGCUUCCAGUUCCACUUCACGUGUGUUACUCUUCGUGUAACAUCCACCUCCAGGCCGUCCUGCGCUCCUCCUGAAGUCUUCUUUGAUUUUCCCUGCUUGGGAAGAUUGGCAAAUCUUGUCAGUGACAUCGGCACGCUGCCUUCGUUGCCAGCAUGCCUGCUUCGGAACAGAGUGACAUUGCGUCACUCCGUCCCUAUACUCCAUAACCAGCGCUAGAAGCUCUGUCUAGGAAGAUCCCAUGAUCCAUGAGGGAUCUCCUGCGCGAGGUCUUUUCUGCUCUCCCUUAUCAGUCAAUGCAUCAUCACUCUGACGUAUUGACUGACAGCUGGGAGAAAACCAAUAUAAUUAGUAUUUGUUUUUUUUCUGCUUAUCUACACAUUUUCUAGCAAAGUGUAUACCGGUAAUUACAAUCUAAUGAGCAUAAGUUGUUUGGGGCAUGACCGGUUCCUUUUAAAGGGCGUUAGAAAGAAGCCCACUGUUUCCCCAUGCUCUGUCUACUAUGAGUAGGAGGCUGCUGUGAGUCACAACAGGAUGUUAAGCAAGGGGAAGGGAUCCAGCCUUCUAAAAACACAUCCUAUUUCAGGUAUUAAGUCUCUUAUUUUAUAAAAAGUUAUUACACAUAUCUAUUUCUGGAAUCUUUUAUAAAAAGAGAAUUGCCUAUGUAAGUGUUGUUUUUUUUUAUUUUAAAACUGCAGUAUGUGCUAAACUGGGAUCUACCAUCUAACUUUGACCCACCAGCUCUUUGCUGGCAGUGGAUUUGGCCAUCACGGAGCAGAGAGGGUGCUUAUGAUAAAGAAUUCCACUUAUGUCAGUCUUUGUGUUCCUGAAAUAACUCCGUAUUUCAGACCAGCAGUGAGAUCGUCCGGACAAUGUUGAGAAUGAGCGAGGUCACCACACCUUCCAGUGCUGCCUACACUCACCCGCUGUCAUCCAGUGAAGUAGGUUCAACCCUUUUAUAGAUUUCAUAAGUUUUAUCUGCUAAAUUACCAAGGUUGCUCCUUAAAUCUGGAACUCUGAACAGUCAAUCGCUUUUAAAAGAUGUGUUUUUUCUUUCUCCUUUUUUAGUUCUGCACAACUUAUGUUUUUUUUUUUUUUGCAGAUCUUCAGAUCUUUGCCCACAGGAUACAACAUCUCAAAACAAGUCUUGGACCAGUACCUUACCCUUUUGGCUGAUGACCCGGUACCUAUUGCUCUCUCAUGUUCAUAGAUACAUCAUGGUUAAUUUCCAAACAUGAAUGAGAAAGCACUUUUUUAAUUAACUUUAUUAGAUCAAGAAUUUAGUGGGACUCUGGUCUCAUCUCAUCUUGUAGAGCAGAGGUGGCCCGUCACCUAGCUUGUAAUUGUUACAGCUUUCAGCAUUUGUAUCCAGCCUGUGCCCAGAGGAGUGUAUAUUUCUGUUGUAUGGCAACAUUUGCAUUUCUUGCACUCCAUCAAUAAACAAUUGACUCCUCGCUUAUAGAGUGAUCCAGUACGGAUUGUGCAAUGAAGCAAGAACUGUCCAACUGCUAGGGAUCACCACCCCAAUCACUCUAAGAAGACUUCAGUAUUCAUUUCACAGCUUUUUAAAAGUUGCAAAUGUCCUUUUACUAUAAAUCUCAAUAUCCUGCCAUUAACUAGAUGAAAGCAACGUGUCGUCCUUUUUUUAUAUUUUUUUUUUCUUCCUGUUUCAGUUGGAGUUUGUCGGGCGGUCUGGGGACAGCGGUGGAGGGAUGUUUGUCAUCAGUAUCCUUUUUCUAACAGUCAAGUUCUGGGUCAGAAUUUCUUUUUACCAUACAGGGAAUCCCGUUAUUGUUGGUGACUUAACAUUAUAUUAGAUCUUCACAAGGCAAUUGCUUCUCUAGCCACUUCAAACCUGCAAUCCAUUGUGCAGGAGAGGUAAGUGAUGUGUUUUGGUUUCUUGCUAUCUCUCAGCAUAACAUGGCCGCCUAGCAGCCAUGUGUCCGUCUUCAUUAUUCCUUACAAUGCACAGCACUAAAUGCCUGACUAGCUUUGCCAUUAUUCGAUUGCAUCAGACAAUUUUCCCAGCUUGAAUUCCAUUUGGUCACGGCCCAUGACAUUGGUUUAAAUUCAAAGAGGACGGAAUGCUAUCUAUUCAUUGUCAGCCAAGUUGAUGGCAUAUUUAUAGAUAAAAUAGCUUUACUAGAAGGUUUCUGUUUUUAUCUAGACACUAAAUUUAAACUGCAGCUGUUGCCCAAGAGUGGAAUGCUUGCAUACACCCAUGAUGCAUUAUUCGGCCUCCCAGAAUGCAUUCUGCUCCCAGAAUACAAGCAGAGCCAGGUAGCAUUCUGAAAGCUGCACUCUCAAGAUAGAACAGAAAGUUGGGUAAAAUAUAAGUACAUUUAUAUAUUUGCUGAUGAUUCAGCCAGUAAAAGGUAUUGAUGGCCAUUUAUUUCUUAAUCAAACUGAGGUUUUGAGGGUCGUAGUGUAAAUCAAUACAUGAUGCGAACUUACUAAUCCUGGGUUUUGACAGGUUCGGUUCUAGAUGCGCAAGGAUUUUCCGGCUUCUCCUCUGCAAGAAACACUUGGAACAGAAGCAAGUGGAAGAUUUUGCAAUGAUCCCAGCCAAGGAGGCGAAGGACAUGCUUUAUAAAAUGCUGUCUGCGAAUCUGGUUUACCUACAGGUAGGUGCUCACUACUGAUAUGUAGCCCAACGGGUUAGCGUAUAGUUACCAGCUCGCCAGGUUACUGCUGGGGAGCCUGCAAUACAAUGCUACAUAAAUGGGAAGCUCCCAUGGUAAGGAAUAGCAUUAAGGCACAUUUAUUCUGGAGAAAGAAAUGCUUUGGAUUUUCAUAAACGUGUACUGCAUUUAAUUCAUGCUUUCUAUACAAUGCAUGUUCUUAUAGAAAAUAUUGCAUUGCUUCUGGUUACUAUGGCAACAAAAUACUGCCCCAAAAGCCACUGUUUUAUCAGGUCUUGCACCAGUUGACCCAGCAGAACGUAGAUAAGAGUAAGCUGCUUUAAAGGGACACUGUAGUCACAAUAACCAUUUCAUCUCUUUGAAUGGUUAUAGUGUCUGGAGUCCCCUGGCACUGUCCCUCCAUUCAGAGUUAAACUACUUUAGAACAGUUUAAAACUAAAUAGGGGUCCUUGGACACCCACAUUGUGGCCCAUUCUGGAGGUGUGGCUAAGGCAGAGAUUACACAUUUCCUUGUAAUCAGACCCUUCAUACUGUCACCUGGAGUUCUGAAAGGCUACAAGCAGUCAGCUGAGACUCUCAGCCAAUCACAGCAACCCAUCAAGCGAAUACUUCCACAUUUGCCAAAUUAGCAUAGGUGCUUCUGGGGGCUCUCAUAUAGCACUGAAACAUAAAAACAUUUAAAAACUUUUUAAUGCUGAAUGAAUUGAUGACACCAGGGGACUCCAGACACUAUAACUAGUUUAAUGAGAGAAAGCAGACACAGUGCCUACAGUGUCCCUUUAAUAAUCGUCCAAUCAGCAUUGCAAAGUUAUCGAGACUAUUUCUAGAAAGGUGUGUUUAGUUUAAAAGUGAGAAAAAAAGAACAACUUUUAUAGAGAUCCAAAAAUAUUAAAAAAAGAAAACCCACUUCCUCCCUGUUUCCCUUUUCCUGUAUUUGUCUCUUCCUGAUACAACACAUAGCGUUCAUUUUCUGCCAUACAAGGUAAAGAGUCGAUCAUUUCUCUAUGUGAACGGGGUUUUUAGAUUUGUUUAUCCAUGGCAUCAUGUGAUUAUAUUGACUGUUUGCCGAUCACUUUCACUUUUUGUUUUGCACACAGGAAAUUCCCAAAACCCCAGAUCACGCGCCGGCUCGAACAUUCUAUCUAUACGCAGUGAACACACUGUCCUCUGCUCGCAUGUUGUUGCAGAGAUGUUACAAGGUAUUGUUACCCAGAAUCCUCCAUUCCUUGUGGCUUAGUCAGACGAUGCCCUGGGAGUAGGGAAACCUGUAUAUGGUUAUAUUUAGUAAAAAUAUAAUACAUAGGCAAAUAAUUUGAUUUCCAUAGCAUGCACAUAUUUCACAUUAAAAGAUUUAUGAUUUUACUAUGAGGCUAAUGUUAUUCACUAAAAUGUGAAUUAUAGGGAAUUCAAAGUUAAUUUCAAAUUUUAAGCCAAAACAGAUUAUUUGGGGAAAAAAAUUCCAUGUUGUUAGUUUUUAACUGUGGCCUAAAAUUUCAAAUUCAUUUAGAAUUCCAGAAAAUUCAAAUGUUCGUGAGUAACUCCGUGAGUUGUAAAAUGUAGUAAUUUAUUAAAUCAUCUCAUAAUUAGUUUUUGCCUAAUUAUCUCUUUAACAAAUAAACGUUUUGUUGCUUUGGCCACCCUCCAUCCUGUACCCAGGGGGCCUGGCCGCCCUGCGACUCGGUAUGUACCCACUGUGGCCAGCCUCUUCUCCUGGGGGGCCCAGGAGCUGGCCACCUCAGGGGCCCCCCGAGGCUGGCCCUGGUAUCACCCGGCGGGCAGGCUGGCGUCAUCUUCCGGCAUCAGUAGGCGGCGAGGGAGCUGAAGAGGAAGCACACAGGGGAGAGUGCUCCCUCGCGCACCUGCCUGCCCGCCAGGUGACCGGCCGCCCAGGAGCACCACUGGACCCCAGGAAAUCCCUCAGCUCUCCCUAGGGUAGGGAGGCUGGGGGGUGACAUUUAAAAAACAAAACAAGUGUGUGUGUGUUAGAGUUAGAGUGUGUGUGUGUGUGUGUUAGUGUUAGAGUGUGUCAGUGAGUGUGUUACUUUGUGUGUUUGUGUGCGUCAGUGAGUGUGUGUUUUGUAAGUGAGUGUGUCUGUCAGUGAGUGUGUAUGUAUGUCUGUCACUGAGUGUGUGUCUGUCAGUAAAUGUGUGUGUCUGUUAGCUAGUGUGUAUGUGUCUGUUCGUGAGAGUGUGUGUGUGUGUGUGUGUCUUAAGCACUUACCUUUCUCCAGCGCCGGACUCUCUUGGCACUGGGGAUCUCUACGCCCCGAUCCGCUUCUCAGCUCCGAAUGCGCAUGCGUGGCAAGAACCUCGGGCGCAUUCAAACCGCCCAUAGGAAAGCAUUACUCAAUGCUUUCCUAUGGACGUUCAGCGUCUUCUCACUGUGACUUUCACAGUGAGAAUCGCGGAAGCUCCUCUAGCGGCUGUCAAUGAGACAGCCACUAGAGGCUGGAUUUAACCCUCAGUGAAACUGCUAUGUUUUCAGCUACAGGGUUAAAACUAGAGGGACCUGGCACCUAGACCACUUCAUUGAGCUGAUGUGAUCUGGGUAUCUGUAGUGGUCCUUUAUGUGUGUGUGUGUAUCUGCUUGCACUGGCGUACAGACCGCGGUCGCAGCCUUGCGACCCCUGCGACCAGGUGCCCACCGCCAUGUGUUGCGGCCACAGCCCGCGCAGAGUAAGGGGGGGGGGGAGCACACGGAUCAGUUUUCGCACCGGGGCCCCAUGGGUUGUGUGUACGCCACUGCCUGUACCCAUACCUGUUCCUACAUCAUAUAAUCUACUUUGAGUUUCUCUGCGGCUGGACGCUUUGUAUAGUCACCAGUCAUGUUAAAGGAGACUCUACUUGUGACAUCUAUGACUUCAUGACAGAGGCUAAUCCAACAGACUAAAGUCAGGGCAUCUCAACAAACCCUAAUAUCUGUAUGUUUACUCGUUUGAGCACCACAAGAGCAGAAUACAGAAGAAAUUAUGAAAGAAUAGGGUUUUUUUCCCCUGAAAAUGUUAGACUUAAAGUGACAAGUUUCUAAACAACACUGGAAUUGUGUUAAUUUUUUGCAAAGAUAAAGGUGGCCCCAUCUUUGACAAGUCACUCGCAAAAUAUUUUAUAACUUGAUCAGAGGAAUCUGCUGGGAUUAAGGAUUCAAUUGAUCUUUGUAAAAAGUAUCUGUAUAAAUAAUAGGGCUUUAAAAAAAAAAAAAGUCUUGUUUGAGGCAAUCUGCUAAAUCUUGCACUUAAUAAAAGCCCAAGCAUACAGAUUACAUGCGUUGGAGAUUGGAAUGGAAUUAAUAAGACCUCUGAUGAUUAUCUUCCUGCGUCUCUCCUCAGACCGUUGCAAACCUGAUAGAGCGGAGACAGUAUGAGACCAAAGAGAACAAGUAAGUUUGCAUUACAUUGUUAUUAGAGUCUACGUGAAAUGUACUCUGGGCCUGACAGGCUGUGAGCUUCAAUGCAUUCUUUUAUCUUGCUCUUAGCUGUGUAGCAUGUUUUGGGGGUGAUUUGUGGUGCUUUAAAUGGACUUAUCUAAGCAAUAUCAAUAGAUACGGGUUAGCCUUGUCACCUAAACAGCACUCAUUGCAACACCCAUAGUCUAUGACUUUUGUGGACUUGUUUAAUUCAUGCAGUUAAAAUAAGCAAUGAGCGUGUGUGAAUCUACCAGUAAGUAAAGAUAAGGUUCCUUGUUGCAAGAGACUUCAAGUUCAAGAGGUUUAGAAAAGAAUCCAAUGCAUUUUCAGACCAUGUAAACCUGUGUCAUCACAUUACAAUGCGUAACCCAGUUGUUUUCAAAUUAGCUCAUACUGUGUAUACUGUAAUGGUUGAUCAUGUCGAGAAUACACAGUUCCUGUUAGCCCAGCCAAUUAGAUCAGCUGCACUCUUUCCAUAGACAGAUGGCAGAACUUAACUGGGAUCCAUAUCUCAUAAGGCAUUGAUGGCUAACUUUAGCACUGCAGAUAUUAGCGUACUCCAUUUCCCAUGAUGCCCAGCCAGCCUGUAGACUAGAUUGCCAUGUUUCAGCGUUUCUUGUCUGAUAGAUGGGAAAGGCAAUUGUCUGUCAAAAAGUUGUAUUUUAUUUUUAAGGUCCUUAGUUUUACUUUGUAUUUCCUCUAUUCUGUACAGACGGCUGCUGGAAAAAUCUCAGAGGAUUGAAGCUAUCCUAGCAUCCAUGCAAGCCACAGGAGCGGAGGAGACUCAGCUGCAGGAGAUCGAGGAGAUGAUCACUGCUCCAGAACGUCAGCAGAUUGAGAACCUAAAGCGAAAUGUCAAUAAGUAAGUCCAGCCGUAUUCCAUGGACGACUUGUCCCCUUGAGUGCCAUGUAUAUGACCUUGGUAUUUGUGUCCACUGCACUUCCAGUAUAUCAGCUUGGCAUCCGAAUAAGGAUAUUCACAGGUGCAUAUUGACACCAUUGCACUUCAAAUGGACACCUAUGGUUAGGUUUAGAGGUGAAGGCAAAGUAUUUACCAGUGUGCAGUAAAGAAGGAGACAUUCGUAAACAGGAGUUUUAAAGUUGCCAUUUUGUCCAUAUAUUCCAUUAAAAGGGAGGGGAAAAGUUGGAAAGUCAAAAGCCCCAUAGAAAACUAUUCUUCAGCUUGAAAAUAUAAUUUUCUGUGAAAUCAAAUAACGUUUCAUUGGUAUGGUAACUUGCAUAGGAUCCUCUAUAAAGGAAUAUGGAAAUUUUUAAGGGAUACUUAGUGUGACAAACGCCGCUUUCCACAGAUGUUUGCCACGGAGUGUGGAAGCUGGCCUCCUGCCCACCGACUAUGGGCCAGGUCAGCAACUGUAAAGACCCAUAUUUUAUUUCCCCUGGUUCGGCACUUUCCAUUCGUGUGCAUGGAACCGAACGCUAGCUCCCUUGCAGCCGUUUGCAUGGACCAUAACCGCGAAUAUACUUAGGGGGACUUAGCCGCGAUACUAUGGAACUAUUUUGGGCAUAGGAACAUGCAUGCGGUCCGUCAAAUUAUGACUUCCAGGAACUUUUGAGAUUUUUGGGAAAUGUGUGUGUUUUGUGCCUGGAGAUAAUUGAGUUUAAUACAGUGCUUGACUCCAUUAUCUCCCAGGCACAGGGGAGGGAUUAUCAUGUUUUGUGUGGUAGUGUCCUGGACCUCAGAACCAAUGUAAUCGGGUGUAUGUUUUUACUGUAGUCUACACUCAGGUCCAGGGGGGAGUGCCCCUUGGAUGGGGACCUGCAUAUAAGGCCAGUUGUGGCUGCCAAUAAACGUAUUCCAGCUUGUACACCAAUAACUAUGUGUCAUCUGGUUAUUGGAAGGGGAAAGGGCUACUCUUUGAUCACUGUUCCAUUGUGGAGGAUUCAAUGGGGAAAAUCCUUGUAAGGACUAGAGCUCCUAGGACUAAGUGUCGUUCAGUGCCUGGGGGUGUCUAGAACAAAUUCUAAAUUUGGUUCCAGGACCCCACUCAAGCCAUGUCGACUGUGGGCAGAAGUGCUGCGGUUUGUCCCCUGUUCCAACUAGGAAGCUGUCCUUGGAGAAGGUACCCAGCCAGGGGUACAGAGAGCUCCGUUACACUUGGAGAUUACAUAUAAAUGUGCUCUUUGACAAAAUGAACAUGUCUCUCUAUUGCAUCAGUUGUAUCAGGGGAGGGGAUUCAUUUACCAUGAGCCCCAAAUUCCCAUUAUCAAAUAGUUGAGCCAUAUCUCCCUGUAAACUGAUUUGUUUAGAAAUGUUACAAAAUGAUUCUGAAUCCUGCUUAACCCCACUCCCUUUUCUUUUCCUAGGUUGGACGCCAGUGAAAUUCAGGUUGACGAUACUAUCUUUAUUUUAGAAUCGUACAUCAGUAGCACAAAGACUAAAGUCUGAGAGAGGCUCAGAGGGCAAUUGUUUGACCAGGUUUCCACUAACACCUCACACAUCCUGUUUGACUUUUGUUUGUUCCACAUUGGAAAGCAAUAAAGCACUCACUAUAAAUUAUCUAGUUUUUUUUUUAGAACCAAGAGGGCAGAAGCCUGAGUAGAUCUGCUAAAUACCUUUUCUGUCGAGAGAAUAUUUCUAACUUAUGGCAUUGGAGUUCUGUCAAACCACUUAUAACAUGACAUUACACGUUACAUUAGUGUAUUCGCAAUCUAAUAACCUCUGUAAAACAACUGCAUGGAUUGGACAUCAAAACUUUUACAGAUUUUAUCUGCAGCUUCAGUUUCAAUUUCUGAGAGGAACCAGACGUAUAUAUAUGUGUGUGUGUGUAUAUAUGUAUAUACACACACAUACACAGAGAUUAAUUUCUACUGGCACUAUGGCACACAUCUUAAUGAAAUAUAGAGCAAAGUGACC